AUGAAUUCAAAAACUUUCUUUGAUGAAAACAAUUUUGAAAUCGACAAUACUGAUAAGACAACGGAAAAUUCCAGCAUUUUGUCAUACAACAAUCAAGAAAACAGUUCUACAUUUUAUAACCAAAAUAGUUCCUGUUAUCCAUGCCAAACAAAUGUAUGGUCUUCAUAUAGUUCAAAUCAAUUUUAUCCCUCUGUGAAAACUGCUUACAGUCACAUACAAUCACGAACAACAAACGACUUUGAUAAUCCAAUUAAUGUUUGUUCGACAUAUCAAUCAUGUCUUUUCAAUUCAAAAACACAGUUAUCAUCGAGCAAUGAAAAUAUUAAGCAAAAAUCAUCAACAAGACGUUCAAAACACAUACCACAUCAUCUACGUCCAAAACAUAUUGUCGACAGACGAAAUACGCGCGAACGACGACGAGUUCAAUCCGUUAAUAAAGCAUUUCUUGUACUUAAAAAAUUACUACCAAAUUCUCCUUCAAAAUCUUUGAGUAAAAUAAACAAAUGUACUUUAGAUAUAAAUGAUAAAACGAGUAAUAUAUCGAAACGUACAUCAAAAGUUUCUACUUUACGAAAAGCUAUUGAAUAUAUUGAAGCAUUACGAACAAUGUUAGAUGAUACCUCAGAUGGAAACUCUAAUAUAAAUGAACUCUUUAGUGGUCAUUCAGAGGAAACUAGCAGAUGGAAUUGUUUUGAAGAAGAUUAG